GAAACAGGUCGUACAAGACUUAUCGCGCCGUCGUCGUCGUCGAAGUACAAAUCUCAUCCUCCAGAGUGCAAAAAAGACAUCAAUAUUCUCGUUUUUUCGACUGAUAAUCUUUAUAACAUUUCACAAGUGACGGGUCUUAAGUCAGCCGGGAGAGCCCGUUAUCAGUGCUUAAUACCUCUUCAGAGCUUCAGGCUUGGCCGUCGUCCUACAUUACGAGCUUAGUUACUACACGGCCACGGCCAUCAUCGUCCGUCGGUCAAGUGAGAGUUGAAAGAUUUGCAGUCUCAGCAGCCGGUGUCAGUUUCCUGAGGCAAUUCGUCCAGUCCGGGCAGGCCAGCGCCUACUUUGUGGGAAAGUCCAUAGCGAAGAAAAAUUGGAGCAAUCGCGGAUUGCAUAACCCUUUCAGGUUGAAGUUACAGUAGUACUAUAGCAGUGACAACAAGUAGUUCCCGGUUCUCCAGGCACGGAAAGGUCGAAUUCAUUACUAUUGUGACGUGUGUGUGUGUGCCAUAUACUUAUAUCCGAAAGCUGUGUUCACCCGUCGGAACCAAGUGUGUUCAACAACUGGAAAUCGCGUGAUAGAAUUGUAAAGUGUGAAAUUUAGCCAGCCCGAUCCAAUCUAGUUAGCAGUUCGAUUUAUAAUAAAAAUGACGUCUCUACCUCGUGUCAAUCUGGACGAGCCCCGGUACGACCAGAGCUCAUACCUGAACCGGGCGAAGCACUUUUUGAUUGUUACCAACCCGCUCAAUGCGUUCGCCACCGAGGAACAGCUGGACCGGGCCGCCCGGAUCGUCAAAGACUAUCGCGCCGGCAAACCCGUCGAGGGCAUCUCCUCCGUGGACGAACUGUGGGCCGCCAAGUACCUGUACGACAGCGCAUUCCACCCGGACACCGGCGAGAAGAUGCUGCUGGUUGGCCGCAUGUCCGCCCAGGUCCCGAUGAACAUGACCAUCACGGGGUGCAUGAUGACGUUCUACAAGUCUACACCCGCCGUCAUCUUCUGGCAGUGGUUCAACCAGUCGUUCAACGCGGUGGUCAACUAUACGAACCGUUCCGGAAGUUCACCGAUCAGCCAGAAGCAGCUGCUGACGUCGUACUGUAUGGCCACCGGUGGUGCGCUCGUGACGGCCCUCUCGCUGAAUCGACUCGUGCGGAAUGCACCGCCACUUGUUGGCCGGCUGGUGCCGCUGGCAGCCGUGGCCGCGGCCAACUGUAUCAACAUUCCGUUGAUGCGUAUGCAAGAACUUCAGCAGGGCGUGACACUGAUUGACGAGGAUGGCAAGGAACUCGGCCAGUCGUGCCGCGCCGCCAAGGAGGGCAUCGCCGCCGUCACGUUCAGCCGAAUCAUGAUGGCCACUCCGGGCAUGGUUCUGACGCCGGUGCUGAUGAACUCGCUCGAGAAGCGUGGCUUCCUGAAGCGUGUGCCGUGGUCAAACGCCCCGAUCCAAACGCUGUUCUGUGGUUUCCUGUUGACCUUUGCGACGCCCCUGUGCUGUGCGCUGUUUAGCCAGAAGGCCUCGAUCAGCGUGGACAGUCUGGAGGAGGAGGUGCGCGAAAAGAUCCGCAAGGAGCGCCCCGAGCUGCAGGUCGUGUACUACAACAAGGGACUGUAAGCCUUCUAAAUAUCCACUCGUGUAGGGACAAUAAAAGUCAGCUUACGAACAUCCGUGGUAAGAAAUUCAAGUGUGUCGAGUUUAAAUCUUUAUUUUUUAUUUGUGUUAAACUGCAUUUACUGUGUCAUUGUUGUAAACUUCGACUUUGUUGCCCCGUCUUAAUCCUCAACCGAUUCAAUUGAGAGACAACUCUAUAAAGUAAAUCGAUUUCAUUCCACGAGGCAGUUAUCCAGAAAUGCAUGUUGGAGCGGUAGAAAAAAAAUACGCGUUGUUGUCGUUAGGAUUUAGCUUAGGAAGGGAAAAUAGCUCAAAUCGUUUGGAUCAAUAGUGCAAAAGGCGGUCUGUGUUUGUGUAUUAUCCGAUAGAUAUUGUGUGCAAAACAAAUGUUAUAUUACCUCUAGAUGAUGGAACCAGUGCAGAUCAAAUAAAGAAAAUGAAAUAAA